CCCCCCCCCACGCACACUCCUACAAUUACCGAGACGGAUCCUUCCAGUCGACACGCAACACAAACCACCGAGUGACCCGAUGGCGCUGUGGACUAUCUUUCUCAUCAUAUACUUCUUUCCUCAUGGGCACGAAUCCACCAACUUUGCUCUUCCGCACGUUUUAUACGGCUGCUGCCAGGACGGCAAGGAGAGGGCUCGAAUGGUGCCCGACUGCCACAACCUUCCCUUUAUCUCCCACUUCCACGCGUGCAGGCUGGCCCAGGAGCAAUGCUGCUUAGCGGUGGUGGAGCAGCAAUUGUGCCAAAACGGCGCCAACUUAGCCACCUGGCAGCAGGCUUGCGAGAAACACUUCUUCAUUGGGAACACUUUGGAAGUUCAUAUCUCCAAGAGGUGCUGCGACUGCUGCAUGUUGGGCAUGGCGGCGUCAAGCCAAGACCCGACUUGCGGCUUGACUUACACGUCGCUGGGGAAGGAUUGCAAGCGCAUCGCUCAAAACUGCUGCGCCCAUAACGGCACGGAGGGAUUUAAUUCCACAGCUGUGAAUUUUACCAAGCCAUUUACAAUGAAUUCUACCAUGGUGCCUCCAGUGAAUUUGACCAUCGUGCCUCUCAUGGAACCAAACGCCUGUGCAGUCAUGAAUUGCACCCAGCGUUGUCUUGAAGAAGCCACGUGCGCUUGUUACCUCGGUUACCGCCUCCGACCCGACGGCGUGACCUGCGAAGAUGUUGACGAGUGUCUGCUCGGCGUCCACGACUGCGUCGCCGGCCAAACGUGCAUCAACACGGAAGGCUCGUUCAGCUGCCGACGGGAAAUCGGCUGCGGCGCCGGCUACGAGCUCACCCACGAUAACCGGUGUAAAGAUAUUGACGAGUGCACUUUGAACAUUCACAACUGCAGCUCAAAUUUCGAAUGCAAUAACACUGAAGGUUCCUUCCGAUGUCACCCGAAGUGUCCCUUGGGGUACCUUGAAGACGCUAACGGCAACUGCUUUGACAUCAACGAGUGCGUGAUGCACUCGAGCGUGUGCCAAGCUAGCCACACGUGCGUCAACACGAUUGGCUCCUAUUUUUGUAGUAAAAGGACCAUCGCGUGCGGACGAGGCUAUCGCCCGAACGAGGACGGCACGCGUUGCGAAGAUAUCAACGAGUGCCAGACGGAUGUUUGUCGGGGCCACGGCUGCGUCAACCUGUUGGGCUCGUACCGCUGCAACUGCAAAAGUGGCUUUGUGUUCAACACCAUCAAGAAGCUCUGCGAAGAUGUCGACGAAUGCAAGCAUUACCCCAGGAAGCUGUGUGCCCACAAGUGUGAAAACACAGAGGGGUCUUACCGAUGCAGCUGCUCCGCUGGCUUCAAACUAUCCUUCGAUGGCCGCAACUGCGAAGAUAUCAACGAGUGCCAGUCCAACCCGUGCAGCCAGGAGUGCGCCAAUGUCUACGGUUCCUACCAGUGCCGCUGUCACCGUGGUUACCAGCUGAGCGACGUCAAUAGGUCAACAUGCGAAGAUAUCGACGAGUGCGCCCUACCCACCGGCAGCCAAGCGUGCGCCUACCGUUGCUCCAACUCGCCCGGGAGCUUCCAAUGCUCCUGCCCGCCGGUGGGCUACACGUUAGCCUCGGAUGGGCGCACAUGCCAAGAUAUCGACGAGUGUGAAAACGGGAGCCACUCUUGCGACGAUUCGCAUAGCUGCUUUAAUAUCCACGGAGGAUACCGCUGCGUGGCCUUUCAGUGUCCCACCUACUACCGGCCAGCGCCACAUAGAAGGCCCAACAAGGACUCGCUCAGCAUCCGUUGCCAUAAAUCCUGCAACCCCAACAACCAGGAAUGCUUGCAAGAUCCUGUCGAAAUGGUCACGUACACCGUCCUCGCUCUACCCUCCUACAGGGACCUCCAACAGCCCAAAGAAAUUGUUUUCCUCCGGACGUCGCUGCCGUCUCAUUUCACCAUCGGCGACGUUGACGUCAUCUUUGAAAUGCUGAAGACGGAUGAGAACUUCUCCUACGACGUCGUCAAGCGCUUUUAUGAGGGUUACGUCAUUGGUGUGGUGCGGCAGGUGAAGCCAGUCGCCGGACCCCGGGACGUGGAACUGCGGGUAGCCUUGAACUACUUUAAGUCGGGAUUCGUCUCACACCGCAACGUUGUCGUCAUCUACAUCGUCCUCUCCGAGUUCUGGUUCUGAGCUCAAUCGCUCAUGUGAUUGAUAUGGUCUUUUUUUUUUGUUUUUUAAUGUAGAUGAAUUUUAUUUUUCAACACAGGAUGACAGUAUCUAUAAAUGAAGAAAUAUAUGCAAUAACUGUAAACACCAAGAAUGUUCUUAAUCAGUUUUGUAAUGUUGUAAAGUAUUUUUCAUUGAGCAACUGUACAUACAGUUUUGUUUUGUUUUAUGUAAAAUGAGUGCUGAAAAUGUGUACACUGGAAUUUCUCAAAAUUAGUUGCGACUAUGAAAGACGGAUUGUCACUAAAUGCAGUCAGUUUUUUUGCAUCCUCCGCUGCCUGCAGAAAUCCGCCAUCUUGCAGCUUCCAAGUCUCACAAAAUUUUCCCUGUAACUCCACACCGCCAGUUUCCUCAACAAACUUCCAGUUUGGUGAGAAUAUUUCCAGUUAUUACCGCUCGUAGGGAUGAAUAAUCAGAUAUACAAUACUGGAAAUGUUUUGUUCUGUAAAUAACUCACGUUAAAGAUGAAAAAUGGCUUCAGGGCGAAUACUUUGCUACGUAUAUAAUCAACUGAUCUGACUUUGACCACCACCGUCGUGUUCCACGUGGCCAACCAAAACACAGGGGGCAACCAUAGCGGGGGGAAAAUCCUCUGAUCUAAACUUCACCACACUGCAUGGAAAUUCCAGAUGCUUGUCCUGUGGCAACAACUGUCCCACAACUUGUCUCGGAUAAAUGAAAAUCUGCUCUGCAGACUUUAAACAUUGCACUCAAUGGAUUUCAUAUGUCGGUUUGGAAUUAUGGGUAGUAAUUAUGUGUAAUUAAAACGUUACGGAAGUCAGGAGAGGGUAAAAGCUACAAUAAAUGUUAUCUACUCCAUUCAUUCA